AUGUAUAAGAUAGCAGUCGUUAACCAAAAAGGCGGGGUAGGGAAAAGUACUAUUACAGUUAAUUUGGCUUAUGAGUUAGCGAAAAAAAAGAAGGUCUUAUUAGUGGAUUGUGAUCCGCAAGGACACAGCGGAGUUAUUUAUAAUCAAGAGGAAAGCAAACGCAAUUUAAAAGAUUUAUAUUUAAAUAAUGCUAAGGUUGAAGAAGUGAUCAGAAGUGGGUAUGUUAAUGAUAAAAAACAAAAAAAUUUGGGCGUUAUCACUAGUAAUAUUUAUUUAGCUAAAACCGCGGAGCAAAUUAGUAGUAAAUAUCACCGGGAAAAAAUAUUAGAACAGCAAUUAAAUAGAGUAGAUAAUAAAUAUGAUUACUGCUUAUUAGAUUGCCCGCCUAAUUUUGGAAUAUUGACUGUUAAUGCUCUCCACUAUGCUGAUUUGGUACUUAUUCCCCUUACUAGCGACAAGGGAGCCUUGGACGGGAUGGCAGACUUGUUAACUACUUGUCAAGAAAUUAAAGAAAAAGAAUUGAGUAAUUGGAAAGAUCAAUUGUGUAAUACUAAAAUUCGUAAAGCCGAAGUAAUUAAUCAAGCACGGAUCGCUAACGAGCCAUUACAAAUUUUUGCUCCUCAUUCUCCAAUUUUGAAAGAUUACGAAAAUUUAGCCCAAGAAAUUAGUAAAUGCCAUGAAUAG